AUGACUUCAAUGCUUGUUGGGAGCUUGUCUUCUGACACAACCCUGGUCCUGAGGAAGGAGAACGAGAUACUUUCUCAUGAUAUGGUAGUCCACCCGAAUGAGCAGACGAGCCAACAGGAAAACGUUUAUUCCAUCUUCACUCUGUCGGAAAGGAGAAUUCUUGUCUUCGCUACCUCAAUCGUGUCUUUCAUCGGCCCUCUGACUGGCAAUAUCUAUACGCCCGUACUGAAUAGCAUAGCUCAGGAACUGCAGAUCAGUACCGCUGAAGUGAAUCUGAGCAUUACUGUAUACCUGAUUAGUCAGGGUGUGGCCCCUAUAUUCAUUGCUCCCAUCUCUGAUGUGAUUGGCAGGAGAGUCAUUUGUAUAUUAGGCUUGAUUAUCUUUACUACAUCUAGUCUGGGUCUUGCUCUCAACUCUCAUUAUGCUGCACUGCUUGGACUCCGCUGCAUUCAAAGCUUGGGUGCCUCAGCACUGGCCUCAAUCAGUGGUGCCGUGGUCGCCGACUGCGUGGUUCCUGCCGACCGUGGCUCAUUCAUGGGAUUCACCAUGAUUGGUCCAAUAUUAGGUCCAUCAUUGUCGCCUAUAUUAGGCGGACUGCUUUCUCAAUAUGGCGAUUGGAGAGUCGUUUUUUGGGUCUUGACAGGAUUCGGAUCCGUACUUUCCGUCCUGGUCAUACCAUUUCUUCCAGAGACGUGUCGUGCAGUUGUUGGCAAUGGAUCUCAUGCGCCUUCAUCGUACCAAGAUAGCUGGGCCAAUCGACGGGUGAGGCAUCGUGGAAAUGUUCAGGCUCGGCUGCCAAGAAGCAAAUCAUUCACCUUGAGCACCUUGUUGGGUAUGUGGGUUGUGUUCUCAGACAUCAAAUCAUUGCUUAUAUUAAUACUCUCCGGGUUCGUCUCAGCUGGGUUCUGGUGUAUUACGACAAGCAUUCCAUCCCAAUAUUCCAAGAUCUAUCAUUUCAGCGAUUCUAGUGUUGGCCUCAGUUACCUUCCCAUGGCUGCAGGUGGACUUGUGGUGACCUUUGUCAUCGGCAAAUGGGAUCCAAUUGAUGGCAAUUACCGGCGCCACGCAAGAAGGAUGGGGAUCGAUUUACAAAAAGACCAUCUCUGCGAAAUCUCUAAUUUCCCUUUUCACAAAGCUCGACUUCAGGUGGCGGCUCCUCUGCUAUUAGCAUGUAGCUUGUUCGUAGUCGGUUAUGGAUGGGCUCUUGAGACAAGAGUGUUUCCAGCUGGUCCACUAGUAUUGCUUUUCUUCAUAUGCUUUUGCAUGAUGGGGAUGGGUAAAGCUAUACAGAUGCUGCUUAUGGAUAUGCAUCCAUCUCGGCCCGCGACUGUGGUUGCUGCGUUCAAUGUGGCGAAAAGCCUCCUUGGAGCUAGCAUGACAGCCGCAAGUGCACCGAUGAUUGAAGCUACAGGGAAUGGAUGGACUUAUACUACCAUUGGUGGCUCGUGGUUAUUUGUUUUUCCGGUGAUCUGGCUCACACAAAGGUUAUGGACGCCUUGA